UGAAAUGAGGAAACAAAGUGAAAAAGAGAGAAGUUGUAACACUGAGUGUGACAGGAGGAUUUAUUGAGCAAGGCGGGAGGUGCCGCUAUAAGAGGCGGGGGUGUCGACGGGAGGGCAGAGAGGCAGACACGACACCGCAGAGCAGAGCUGCGCAGAGCAACAGCGAGGGGCUUCAUGGCUGAGGAAGGAACUCUGCCCAGCAUGCCUGUGAACUUCACUGUGGAGAACCUGACGGAGAGCUUCACCUGCUAUGACCCCUCUGUGGAGGGCUACCGCUAUUUUGGCGUCCUCUGGGGGGUGGCAGUAACCCUCGUGGGCACGGUGGGCAACUCCCUGACCCUGCUGGCUUUCGCCACGGACCGCAAGCUGCAGACGCCCUUCAACGUGCUCAUCCUGAACCUGACCGUGGCGGACCUCCUCUACUGCACCUUCUUGCAGCCCAUCUCGGUGGACUCGUACCUGCAUCUGCGCUGGCGCUGCGGGCCCGGCUUCUGCCGCCUCUUCGGCCUGCUGCUCUUCCUCUCCAACUCGGUGUCCAUCCUCACGCUGUGCCUGAUUGCCGUCAGCCGCUACCUGCUCAUCGCUCACCGGCAGACCUUCGAGCGCAUCUUCUGCCGCACCGGCCUGGCGCUCAUCCUGUUGUCCACCUGGGCGCUGGGCCUCGCCAGCUUCGGCCCACUCUGGAACGUCUACGUCUUCGCCAAGCAGGUGUGCACCUGCAGCUUCCACCGCGUGCGAGGGCAGCCCUACACCACCAUCAUGCUCUUCUUCUACUUCAUCUUCGCCCAGAGUUGUGUGGGCCUCUUCUACUUUCUCAUCUACCGCAAGGUGAGGUUGGCCUCCAAGAACCUGGAGCAGUACAAGCUGCCACGGGCAGCGCCAACCAAGACGCCGGUCGAAAAGCCUGUGGUGGACGCCGACAGCGGGGUGGAGAGCAUCAGCACCAACGUGACGGACGUCUCCGAGAUCAGCGAGAUGUCCGCCAGGCUGCCCAAGAGCAGUGUGGCAGUCGGUAGCACGGCGGUGCCAUCCGCUCCCAAGGACUCGGACAGCGAGUUCCGCCGGGUCACCCGCAUGUGCUUCACCGUCUUCCUCUGCUUCAUCUUCUGCUUCGUGCCUUUCCUCCUCCUCAACAUCUUCGACAAGAAAGGCCGAGCACCGCAGGUGCUCCACAUGCUCUGCGCCAACCUCACGUGGCUCAACAGCUGCAUCAACCCCAUCCUGUACGCCGCCAUGAACCGCCAGUUCAGCCAGGCCUACCGCAACCUCCUCGGCCGCGUGGUCCAGCCGCUGGUGGCCAUCUGGCCCAGGAAGUGACCACCGAGGGCUGGGGCAGCCGGUGGUCUUGACUGGACAGUGAAGUGACAGACUUUGACAUGGUGGGUGACCCCAAAUCCCCAGUGCCAGUCUUAAAGCUGAGCCUUUCUGUAAUAUAGCGCCAUUCUCAUAGUGGAUUCCAAAUGCAAUGGUCUGUCUGUUCUUAUAAAGAGACGUUUCUACUCUCCUCUGUUAUGUUGCAGUGCCUGUGUAUGUAUGUGUAUGU